UUAAACUGUUUGAAAAAAUAAUAAAUAAAUGUUUACUUACUGAAAUCUAAUGUUUUUAACAGAAUAGUAAUCGUAAAGACUAAAGAGGAACCUGUUUUUUUAUCUCCUCUCCUGCUCUUGAUGUUUGCUACGGAAGUGACGUCACGAUCAGGUACGGCUGUGUUUAUUGUCCGACUAGAAAAUUCACUCGCACGCAUACGACAAGGUUAUGGACAAAAUAAUUGCUUUAAAACAAUGAAAUAAUUUGCAGCAAAUAAACCGAUAUUUGCUGCAGAUUUAUCUUAAGCAUGAAGGAAAUUAAAUAAUCGACUUAUUAGAGGCGCGAGGAAAUCCGGGAGUUUUAUGGCGACUUGUAAUAAUGGGAGACACUGGGGGAAAUCGUUUGAGUAAAACAAUUGAUUAUUUUUAAGGCUUUAGUUACAUCUCAAAUCAUUAAAUAUAUAGUAUUUACUGAUGAAAAAUCCAUCUUGAUGCGUUUAUCUCAGUUCCAUGCUCUCCAAAACAUGUUAGCCGCACUUGCUAGCUAGUGUAACAGACUUUAAAGCUAGCCGAGCUUUUGUUUACCACCAUGGACAGAGAGGCGUACCGUUACUGCAGCAGCCUGGUCAGCAUCCCCAGACAGUCCUACGAACAGUUCUGGUCCUCACACUUUGUAGACUACAUCGACAAGGACAUCACUUAUUCGAAAUUCUUUAAGAAAUAUUUGCUGCCCAACCGGCCGUGCAUGUUUUCGAAAAAGUUCACAGAAAACUGGAAGUGUAGACAGCAGUGGGUGACAGAAGAGGGGAAGCCGAGUUUUCAGAAACUGCUGCAAGACUUUGAUGAAACUCCAGUUCCUGUUGCAAACUGCAAUUCAAAGGAAUACAAUGCCAAUCCAAAACAAGUCAUGCAGUUUAAAGAGUUUAUACAUUACUGGAAGGAAUACGUCCAGAACGGUCACUCAUCCCGGAAAGGAUGUCUUUAUCUGAAAGACUGGCACAUGGCAAGGGACUUUCCUGAACAUGAUGUUUAUUCAACACCAGUAUUCUUCUCCUCUGACUGGCUUAAUGAAUACUGGGAUACACUGGAAGUAGACGACUACCGGUUCGUCUAUAUGGGACCUAAAGGGUCGUGGACUCCGUUUCACGCCGACGUGUUCCGCUCCUACAGCUGGUCUGCAAACAUCUGCGGCAGGAAGAAGUGGCUCCUGUAUCCUCCAGGUCAGGAGGACUUUUUACGAGACACGCACGGCAACUUACCCUAUGAUGUUACGUCAGCUGAGCUCCGUGACAGCGGCCUUUUUCCACACUUUGAAGAAGCCUGCCAGCCUCUGGAAAUCAUUCAGGAGGCUGGAGAAAUCAUUUUUGUGCCAAGUGGCUGGCACCAUCAAGUUUAUAAUCUGGAGGACACCAUCUCUAUUAAUCACAACUGGCUGAAUGGUUGCAACAUUGACAUCAUGUGGCAGUUUCUCCAAAAUGAACUGUCCUCUGUUCAAAAAGAGAUAGACGAGUGGAGAAACACAAUGGAUUCAUGGCACCAGCACUGUCAGGUCAUAAUGAAAGCAUGCUCUGGCAUCGAUUACAUGGAAUUUGCCUCUUUUUUGAAAAUCAUUGCUGAAAACCGGAUGGCUUUCCUGAACGCCUGCUCCUCUGGUGACUCUUCCGACUAUGCACGGCCCCUCUCGGAGACCCUCACCACACUUGGACCUUACCAUGCUGCCUUUGACCUACAAAGAGUGGCUAACAUUAUUGAAUGCCUCCUGUGCAACGAGGACUUCAAACAGCUCGAUCAUUCAACGCUGACUUUGCAGCCGGAGACGAUGUUACAGCAAAUCCAGGACACCAUACAGUCCACAAGGGGGCAGCAUCUCCUUUAUCAGGAAUAGCUGGUCCCCGGUUUUUAAUGUCAUCUGGUAUUAGCUUGAAAUAAGGUGCCAAUAUUUUAUUAUUUGUUGGUGUGAGGAAUAUUAUAGAAGCUUGACAUGAUUUUCAGUCGGAAAUUCAGCUUGUGAAUGUCUUUGUUUUUGCACUAAAUAAUAAACGUAACGUUUUCUGUUACUAUUAGUUUAUUAAAUAAC